CGCGAGCAUGACGCCGCGUCCCUCUCGCAUCAAAGUGCAAGGAAUCACUAUACGUUCAAGUGUCUAAAGGCACGCCGCCUUUGCUUUCGCUGUCCACCGCGCACGCUGGGCCUGCCACGCGUGGGGUCUGUAAGCCAAUCAGCGUCGAUUGUGCCAGAGGGCAAAGUCGAAUUCGGGAUGAUGUACGCGUGGGCAGAGGACGAAGCGACGGCCGACCUCGUGCGCGACCUCGCGUCGCUGGAGACGCCAACGCCCGAGACGCGCCUCUUGCUCAAGCCUAUCUUCCGCUGGGCCAAGCGCGAGCCGGAGAAGGCGUACGCGUACGUGGUUUGGUUGCUGCAGCUGCAUGAAACUGGCGACGGCGACAUUCCCGCGCAGCCGACCAUCCAAGCCAACUACGCCAUCAACACGCUCAUUACGGCGAGCCAGCGCUGCGGCAAGGCCAUGGAGGCCCAGCGCGCGUUCGACCUUCUCGGCGUGCACGGCUUUACGCCCGACGUCUUUGCGUACACGGCGCUCAUCGACGUGCUUGGCCGUGGCCAGCAGGCCGAAAUAGGCCUCGCCAUGUACAAGCAGAUGCUCGCAACCGACGUGCAGCCCAACAUUGUGACGUUUACCACCAUCAUCCGCGUGCUCGCCAUGAGCGACACUGUCGACGUGAGUUACGUUUUGAACGUCCUCGAGCACGCUCGGCUGCUCGACAAGACGUGCGAUCCGUCGCUGUACACGGAGGCCCUCGAGACGUGUGCGAAGCGCAAGGCCAUCGAUGUGAUCACUGGCGUCUUGCAGCAACGACGCCUCGACUACGGCCUCGAACUCCUCGGCGAUAAGAGCAUCCUGGCCAUUAGCCGCGUCGCGCGCGAGCCAUCAAACGCGCGCAUCGUCGACGGCUGGGUCGCGGACGGUCUCUUGGAUGCAGCGGACAAGACGCGCCUCUUCUUGGCCUCGUCGUCGUCGUCUGUCACAGACGACAAGUACCAAGGGUGUUUGGGCUACGAGACGCCGGCGUCCGUGCGGCAGUCGGUCAUCCUGCACGAUAUCGAUCGCCUCAUUGAACGCGUCCUCAAGGGCGUGCUUCCCACCAAGAUGGAUUUCGAGACGCUCAUUCAUCAGUGCCGCAAGCGCAAGUGGCGGGAGCAAGUCCACGUCGUCUUUGACGCAAUGACCACGCUUGCUCAUGCCGGCUGGACCUUCCUGAACGAUGCGAGUCGAGAUCCGGUACCGGCGCAGCCCACGGUGACGCCGGGCCCGUCGACGUACUUGGCGAUGAUUGACGCGUACAUUUGCUGUCACGCGAUCGACGACGCAUGGCGUGCGUUCGCCCAGAUGGACGACUGCCACGUCCCUCGCACGCAAACCAUUGUGCGCAAGUACAUUCGUGGCUGCUACCUCCUCAUGCGCGACUUGAGCGCGGCGCCGUCGCCCGAGACGUGGCACGUCCGGAAUGUUGUCGACCUCGCGCUGCGGGAUGCCAUUGUGAUCUCGCCCAAGAUGGCCAGUUAUAUCUUGCGUCUCUACGGCCUCCACGAACACCUCGGUCUCGACAUGAUGGCAACGCUCGUUGGUGUUGGCCACGACCGCCAGUUGCUACUCGACGAGCUCGUGCAAGCUUGCGUGUAUGCUGGCAACGUCGACGGCGCCUUGGCGGCGCUCGCAUAUCUCUCGGGCGGCACGACGGCCACGGUCGAGCGCGCGCUUCUGCUGACCUGCAUCCACGGCCCGACGCUCGAGAUGGCGCUUGACCGCCUGCACACGCUGCAGGCCCACGCGCAUCUGCUGCCUGUCCCGGUCUACGCGUCGAUUUUACGCGAAAUGUACACAAAAUACACGGCCAAAAGUGGUCAAAUGGACGGGAUCGGGCGCGCCAAGUGCCUCAAAGUGCUGUUUGAAAAGCGUGCCAUCUUUGAGGCGACGGCCGCCCACGCCGCUGCGUUACGCGCCAAGGCGCCGGUCGAGACGACGUCGUGCGGCGCGCUCUGGUGUGCGUCGAUCGAGGAGCUCUCAUGCGCCCCGAUCCUCUUUGCCCAGCACUUGACCGAGCGGCUCACUUCCGUGCGGGACAAGGCGGCCAAAGAGCUCGCCCAAGACGACAUUUGCGCUGCGAUCCGCGCGACGCAGGAUCCGUAUCUCUUUCUGCUGCAAGCGCUGCUGGCGUUCCCGUCGAUCGACGUGGGUUUCCGCCUCCAGGCCAAGUUCGCCAAGCUCCUCCUCGCUAUGGUGCCGGGGACGCAUGGCCCACACCACGUGGCGUACUGCUUGAACGAGCUCGACGCGAUGCCCGUGCACUUGGUUGCAGAAUUGGACCGCGUGCUCGACCUCUGUGCGGCGGACGCCGGUCGGCUCGUCGACUACUGCCGGGUUGCCACUCUGCAAGACAAUGCCGAGAAGACGAUCAACUUUGUGCUCGCCCACGACGUCUUCUUCGCUCCGGAGCACGCGAUCGUUCUCGCGGCGCAUUUCGCAGAGCUCUAUGCCAACGGCAAUACUGUCGGCGUCAAGUACAUUCGCGCGACCGCCAAGUACCUGUCGAGUGCGGUCAUUGCGGCCCAAACGUUUCUCCAAAGCCUCGAGGCGCGGCUGCUCGACGACGACGAGUACCCGAGUCUGCACGUCGCCGACGUCCAAGUGCUCGCCAUGGAAUUUGCGCUCCAAGAGGCCUUCCCCGCCCUCAUGCAGCUGGAAGCCACGUACACGCGCAAGACGGUACUCGUCGAUCCCAACCGCAUCUACUGGUCGCUGCCUACGACUGCCGUGACGAUGGUGGUCGACACGGUCGAGGCUGUUGCGGUCGCGUCCUCUGUGCUCUGUCGUAGCCGCCUUGUGGGCAUUGACGUCGAGUGGCGCCCCGAUGUCCACGCCAAGAUGAAGUCCAAGUGCGCUGUGGUCCAGCUCGCGUGUGUGAGCCACGUCUUUGUCCUCGAUGUGCUCACGGCGUGGUCCAACGAGAUGCACGGGCUCUUCGAUAUGGUCGUCCAGAACGCGUCGAUAUGGAAGCUUGGCUUUGGGCUGCACCAAGACGUCUCGCGGCUCCAGUGGUCGUUCCCCGACGCCACGUGCUUCGAGUACGACGAGUGGGAGAGCGUCUUGGACGUGCAGAGCUACUACUGCAAGCUCACGAAGCGCAACCAAGUCGGUUUGAGCCGAUGCGUCGAAGAGACUCUGCUCGCGCCGCUCAACAAGAGUCAGCAGACGAGUGACUGGGAGGCCCGGCCGCUGUCGCCCGACCAGGUUGCGUAUGCAGCGAACGACGCCUACUGCCUGCUGGAGCUCGUCCGCGCCCUCCGCCCGCCCAUGAUUGAGACUCUCUAGAAUAGAAACUAGACAUCGAAAGCCGUUCAAGGCGUAGAUGCAAUACAGCACGUGGGCUACGUUAGAGACGCGCUCACGGAUCGACAGAAAAGCCAG